UUAAAACUUAAGUACUAAAGCAGGUGCACGGUGGUUUGGUGAUAGUCCGUCUGUCCUAUAGUUUUGAUGUUCUGGAUUCGAACGUCUGCUCCAGGCAUCUAGUGUAGAGUUUGUAUGUUCUCACCGUGAUUUGUGUAUGUUUUUACAAAUACUGAGAAUUCCUCCAACUUUUCAAAAACAUGCAUGUUUGAUUCAUUGAAGACUAUAUUAUAGUUGCCGACCUCAAAAGUCCGUGGGUCAGAUCCGACCUGCCUGAUCAAAGUUUUUGACCCAAAAACGCAAAUCGUUAUCCCCACCCCUUCUACUGUGUUUGGUUUGGGUUUCCAUGUUUUUCUUCUUAAAGCAACACUAGGUAACUUUUCAACCUUUAUAAAAUAUUUUCAUAACAUUUGACGACUGGGUUGUCGAUUGUCAUCGCCGAUCGGCAAACCGCCCGGCGGAGAGCAAUUUACAGCUCGUUCCCCUGCUACUACGGACAAGAGAGCUAGCCGGGGAAGCAGCUGGACACUGACCGCUGACCAAACCGGCCGACGUCGGAGGAGCGUGUAGCUGCCAAAUGGUCAACACGAAUAUGGAAAAUAAUGCUUUACUACACGACGAAGACGUAAACUGCGAGAGACUCGGUGGUGGAGGAGGGCGGCAGCAGUUGUUUUGCAGCUAACAUGUGUAGCUAAUGUGUAUGAGGAGAGCUUUUUACAUGCCCAUCCAUGAUCAAAUGUAAGUAGUCCUUUAUUUAAAGAAAGUUUGUAGUGUUUACUUUGUAAUCGCUGUAUUUGCGGCUAUUUUUAACUCAAAGCUGCAAUUUCUGAUUGGUCGGAAAAUUUGAAAGAACACUGGGCACAUGAAGAGGGGAAUAAGCCGAGUGUAGUGCUCUCUCGGCGGGGGGAUGUGCGACAAGCUGCCGGUCGUCGGCCGAGUGGACACGGAGCAUGUCAGCCACAAAAUGCAAGCCACCUACAUAUUAAAAUGAUCCCAGUAUUUGACAUAAUACAAAAUACGAUGUUUACUCACUUCCUCGUAAGUCCCAUGGUCCCACAGUAGUAGGGCUUGUUUUGGCCACUAUCCACCGGUGAAUGGGAACCUUUUGAAACUCCAAAAAGGCGCACACGCCUCUCCCUCGUACAGUAAAAUGUUUCUGCAGCCGUUUGGCUGGCCUGUUGCGAAAAAUAAACGUAUCAAUCCGCAAAAUCAGCUGAAUCCUUAGUCCUUCUCAUACAACAGUACGGCUGUAUAGCGAAGAGGACUCCUUCCUCCGUACACGUCACAGCGCCCUCUUAUCUCAACUCGAGACUGUUUUGCUGGAAGUCACUCAUUUUCACGGCGCGGGAUUAAAAAAACUAAAUAAAUAUAGCUUCCACACACCUCCAAGCAGUCAAUUUCAUUCAGGAGCAGGGGUCGCGUUAACCGAAUAUUUUCCGUCGUUGACCGGUUUUUUAAAACGACGGAAAAAACUGAAGUCCAUCCGUCAUUUUGACAGGUUGCAAUUCACACCCCAGACCACAGGGUGGCGAGUGAGCAUAUUAAUUAGCUAUUGUCUCUCUUGAUGCAUGACGUCGUUGGCCUUACUCGGAAAAAUGUCAAGGCAACUGAGUGUUUGCCUGGCAUGGCCAGACUGUUCUCCCUGUAUUUUUCAAACACGGAGAGAAAAGUCUGGGACACAGCCUCUUGAGUAGGUACAAAAUCAAUCGACAAAUCAGAUUUGUUUAUGUGCGUGACGUGUUCUUCACGAGCAACGUCACUCUUGCGCGCCGAAAGUCGUCUCUACAUCAACACGGAUGGCGACGGGAGAGCCGAGAAUAUGUUCUAAUCCGCGGUAAAUUCAGUUUUAAAUGAGCUAAAACACAUCGACACGAGUCAUUGACAACAGUCUGUCUCGCGCUAGCCAUGUUGAAUAAACUCCGUUCUCCUCGUAUGUUUACUUCCGCGCGCAAGUCCCUCGUCCUGCCCUCGUCGCUUUGCUAACGGCACGUCUGCCCGUUGCUGAUUGGUGCACUCCGCUGUCUGUUUGCCUCUUGUUCGGACGGAAUAUUUAUUAAAAAUGAAUGAAAACUAAAUACUAUUGAAUAUGUCAUUAUUAUCAUUUUUUAAAUGUAAGUGACGGGUAAAAAUAGAUUAUGACCGGAAUUUUAUGACACUGUCAGUCAAAAUGACAGACAACGAAAAAGUCUAGCGCAACCUCUGUUCAGGAGCAUAAAAUACCGCGUGUAUUAUGAAAUAAACAUGCUUUUUCGUGUCACAGGCACUUUAAGGCAAAACACUACCGCUUUUGUCCAUCGCCAAAAUCGACCAAAACUGAAACGUUACCUAGUGUUGCUUUACCAGUUGUGACAAGAAUGUAUUAACCAAAUCCUAUCCAUAUUCUAGAUAACUCAUCCUCACGAGUGUUUCCCUCUGAUUUCAAAGAUGAAGUCCAGCUUGUAUUUGCUGCCAGCCAAUCACAGGCCACACAUAAUCAAGAACUGCUUACAAUUCACAUUUAAGGACAAUUUCAAACAGCAAUUCUCUGGAAGCAGAAGUGAGUCAUUGAACCAUAUUGUGCGAAGUGAGCCAAUAAAAACUGGGCAGUGGGCCACAGUUGUGCCGCGAGCAGCACUUUGGACACCCCUGAGGGGUGAAUUUGGGUGUGAAUAUUUGUGCGAGGAAGAGCUUGAAGAAGACGAAUAUGAAGAGACAAAGAAGGAAACAUUGGAGCAGCUGAGUGAGUUCAAUGACUCGCUGAAGAAGAUCAUGACAGGAGACAUGACUCUUGUGGAUGAACUCAGCGGCAUGCAGCUGGCCAUACAGGCUGCCAUUAGUCAAGCAUUCAAAACUCCGGAGGUGAUCCGACUUUUUGCUAAGAAGCAGCCAGGACAGCUUAGAACCAGAUUGGCAGAGAUGGACCGUGACGUCAUGGUGGGGAAGCUGUCUCGGGGCGAUUACACUCAGCAGAAAAUGGAGGUGCUCACAGCACUAAGGAAGCUGGGGGAGAAGCUCACAAGCCAGGAUGAGACUUUCCUUGUCGAAAACGCCACAGCUACUCUGAACCAGUUUGAAAAAGUGACAACGGGAUCUGAAGAUAAAAUACUGGCAUUAGCAAGUUCUGGCGUUAAAACUAAAGCAUAGCACCCAACAUUUACAAAUUUUAAUGUUUUAUUAAGUAUUUUGAGGAGAAAACUGAACAGGUGAAUGCGCUUGCAAAUAACAAAUGCACUUGUGUUUUUUGUUGUUGUUUUUUUUUGCUGUAGAUGCUUUUUAAUAGUACUCUUUUAUAUGGUUUAGUAUAUUUAUGUGUUUGGUCCAGCAGGUACAAGAAUGUGAUUCACUUUAGUGUUGCAUGUUGCUGUUUUUCUCCAGUUGAUUGUUUAUCUGAAACAAAACCUUGAAUGUGAAAAGUGUUCUUUGUCGUGGUAUAACUUGUAUCAAAUGGCACAUUAUUUUUACAUUGGAGUAUUGGGGCCCUUAAAAAAAUAAUGGCAGCAAUGGUAAAAGGGUGAAAAAAAAAAAUAGAAAUGAAUGCCUCUUGUCUGAUAAAUUCUGACUCUUAAAAAAUGCUUAAUCAUGUAACUUAAUUUCAUUGAAAUGACGUGGCAAUUGUCAAACUAAUUAAAAGUCCAGACUUUAUUGUGGUAGCAUAAAUUUAUAACAAAGCAAAAUUGAUUUCUAUGUAAGCCCUAAUACUCCAUAUAUUUUACAAGACUUUUAAAGCAUUGUUUCCAUAUGGCAUGAAGAACCUUCUUUGGACAAAAAUGAUUGUGGAGCUGGGUAUGAACGUCACCUGCUUAGAUUCCUUUUAAGAACAUUUCUCUAUUUUAUUCCUCAACCAACCUCUCUUUCAUAUAAAUAAAUCUCAGCUUUUUAUCUUGUUUCCGUGCCUUCAUUUAUACAACAGAUUUUGACCACAAAAUCAAUUAGACGACCAAUGAAUUAAAGAAACAUGCCCAACCUUCCCGCACCACACUCUCUGUAGCACAGAUUUAGCUAGGUUGGCCAUUUUGUACUUGGGCCUCUACCUUUUUAGUAUUACAAAAUAUACAAAUCUUACCACAUUGCAAUGAUUUAUCAAUUCCACACAACCACACAAUAUACAGAAAAUAAUGCAGGAUCCAUGCAACUGAGUGAAGAAAUUAAUGUUUGGAAUAAAUUGACACAAUAUGAUGUAUGUAUAAGUGUGUAGGGUGGGGUGGGGAGUCAGUGGUCUGAUCUACAAU